AUGGAUUGUUUCCGGCAAAUAUACCGUCUCGUCAAGAGCCCAUUUACGCGGAACAAACACAGAGUUAUGGAGAUUGGGCCUCCAACUGAUUUCCGAAAGGAAGAGUUGCCGUCUUUCUUCACCGAUGACGACGCAAUCACCCUGCACAGCCGGACGGCACUGGAGAAAGACGCCAUAGUGAAGGCAAUCGAGGAGGAACCGUCAAAGCGAGACAGAAUCAAGACUCAAGUCCGGAGACUAAGCGUCAAGAUGGCUCGGCCGCAGCCGCUCAUCGACAUGGAUUGA